AUGUCAGGCCAUCAUCAUCAUGGUCACGGUCAUGGCGGCCACUGCCACGAUGAGGGUCACGAUCAUUCAAAUGACAUCACUCCUGCUCUUCAAUCACUGUUGUACUCUCAGAUCCAAUUCGAUAUGGUGUCCACCCUGAACGAGUCUGUUCCUCGCGCUGGCACCUCAAUCCUUCAAAAGUCAUGGGCUGAAAGAUUGAAUGAGCAACCUGAGCUCGAGAGUGAUGCUGACGAGCAGCUCUUGAUGUACAUCCCUUUUGCCGGACAGGUGAAAUUACAUUCGCUCCUGAUCUACACUGCCCCGACUCCUUCUGCUCCCAAGACUGUGAAGCUUUUCAAGAACCGAAACGACUUAGACUUCUCCAUGGCGUCAGAUUUGAAACCCACCCAGACCAUCGAAAUUCCUCAACCUGUCACCGGAACCGAUGUCUUCGAACUACCUCUCAAUCGUGCCCUGUGGAACACCACUACAUCCAUCACGCUGUUCUUCGAGGAUAAUUGGGGCGAAGAAGAGACUACCAAGAUCGGUUAUCUUGGCUUCAAGGGACAAUUUAUGGCGUUGAACCGUGAACCUGUGAGCGUCAUGUAUGAGGCAGCUGCGAAUCCCAGCGACCAUGUUGCUAUUCAGGGUGUGCAGGGAAUUGGAAAGAUUAUGCCAGGACAGUGA